UGUGGUGUUUCCUCAUGUCUACCUUAACCCUCCUUGGUGAGAUGGCUGUGGAGUCUCUGCUGGUUCCUGUGAAGUCGAAACGGACUCUGUGGACAGACAGCAGGAGGCGAGAAAACCCGCCGCAGUCCUCCAUUUUUUAAAAAUAACAACGGUUUGGUUCUGCAGAUGACGAGCCUGGAUCCUGAAAACCCAGAAAACUGCUAAACAUCUGGUCAGCACGCCUGAAUACUGGAGACUGGCCCUGGACAGGUCUGUGUUGUAGCUGUGUGGCCGGGCAGCCUGGCUGCCUCCCUGCCUCCAGAUGAAUGAAGAGCACUCCGGGAAACAGAGACACAGCUAAUGCAGGACAUGCAGGUGUUUCUGCAAAUAUGAUGAAGAAAAAGAAUCCCCAUAAGAAACACAAAAGCAGUCUGAGUCCGACCACCAAAGUUCUGUCGCCGCCGAGACGCAACAUCGUCGGCUGCAGGAUCCAACACGUCUGGAAGGAAGGAGGAGGAGGACAUGUGGUCUGGAAGGGAGCAGUGCUCGACCAGGUGCCAGUGAACCCGUCUCUCUAUCUGAUAAAGUAUGAUGGUUUCGACUGUGUUUAUGGUCUGGAGCUUCAUAAAGACGAGAGGGUCCAGGGACUGGAAGUGCUCCCUGACAGACUAGCUAAAUCCCGUCUAACAGACGUCAACCUAGCGGACACCAUGAUAGGUAAAGCAGUGGAGCACAUGUUUGAGACGGAGGAGGGUCCAAAGGAGGAGUGGAGGGGGAUGGUGCUGGCCCGGGCGCCCAUCAUGACCACCUGGUUCUACAUAACCUACGAGAAAGACCCGGUCCUCUACAUGUACCAGCUGCUGGACGACUACAAAGAGGGAGACCUCCGCAUCAUGCCCGACUCAAACGACACUGUCCCGACGGAGAGGGAACCCGGCGAGGUGGUGGACAGCCUGGUGGGUAAACAGGUGGAGUACGCCAAAGAGGACGGCGGCAAACGAACGGGCAUGGUCAUCCACCAGGUGGAGGCCAAGCCCUCCGUCUACUUCAUCAAGUUCGACGACGACUUCCUCAUUUACGUCUACGACCUGGUCAAAACUUCGUAAGACUUUGCAGACGUCCUGAGCCCCUCCCACGCGACACAAACAAAAUGCGGCACAUGUUGAAACAUCUGAAGCAUUCGAUCCAGCGCUUGUUCGACCUCAGACUAUCAAAGACAAAGACUCCAAAAAAAGAAAUUCAGACAACGGAAAAAGACAGGAUAGAUACUUCUUGAGAAACGGCGGGAAUGUUUAAGAUGGGGAAAAAAGCGCAGCUGGGUGAGAUUGAAGACUCAUCCUGACCUUCUUAGACCCUUAAACUAUAUAUAAAAAUGGCUUUUACAUUACUCUUA